AUGUCUUCCGCCCACCGUGAAUUCGAGGCGUAUAUACUGCUCACGAUACCGCAUGCGACGUUGAACACGCCUGACGGCCCGGUCUCUGGUGACCUUGCGCUCGAAUAUGUGACCUUCCCUGACCGACAGGCGAAGGAUGCGGCGGCUCCUGACGUUCUACUCGUAAUACGCAUAGGGUCAUAUGAGACUGUCCUGGACCCAUCUCAUGCAGUGCAGACAUCAUCGCUACCAUCGGGGGAGCAGCGCUACGUGUUGCGAGGAGUCGAAGGUCGCGAUCUCACUCUCGUGCUACCAUCGGGGCAAGGCGGGGCAGCCGCAGACGAUCUGGAGACGUUCCAUGGAAUCUUAUCCGAAUACGGCGGCUUCGCUGCUCAGGAUACGGCCAUUGCUUCCAUUGAUGAUGCCAACUUUACCCUGGAGAAGCCUGCGCCAGAUGAGGACCUCCGCGGGCGCUUCAUCCUCGUGAAUGAGGAUAACAACGAAGUCGUCGGUGCACUUGAUCGCAAUGUGCAUAUUCACGAGGAUCCGACGUUGUAUGCGAAGGGCCACGAGACCGACCCUGUGGUCGUUGAACUCCCAGAAGGGGUCGAUGAUCUUACAGAGGCUGAGGUCAUGGUACGCGCCAUCCCGGAGGAAGACAGAGGGUGGAUGAUCAACGGAGCGAUGGUCGCGACCCGCGUUAUCUCUGGGGCUACGACUAUGCUCAACGGUGCCAUGACGGCUGCAUCCCAAUUAUACAUCAAGCACUCGACGCCGUCUCCGCAUGCAUCCCCUGGCGGUGCUUCAGUGGAUGUCCCCCCUCCUUCCCGAACCCUCUUGAUGCUGCGAUCGCCGAAGACCCGCCAACACUUGACACGUGUCCAUGGUUAUAGCGGUCAGGCCGCGAAGCUCAGUAAUAAGACGAUUGGGCUAAUCGACAAGGCCAUCGACCGUUUGGUCCGGUACGACAACACGAAAGGGAAGGGAAGAGCUGUACCGCCGCCUCCGACGUUGGCCCCUUCGCCAAUAGACAGCAAACCGCCACUGCCGCCCCGUCGUUCGGUCUCGCCCGCUCCACCUCCAUACUCUGCCGAUGACAAGCACCCCUUGUCGCCUGCACGAGAUGAGAAACCGCCACUUCCUCCGCGCAAACUUUCACCGCGGCCAGACGUGUCGGUCUCUGGUUCGUCUACGUCUGUACCGUCAAUCACUCAUCCCGCGGAGGUGCCCGGCAAGACGAAAGGUCCGUCGAUGAAGGCGCGCAUCGCACUGUCCGCCGCCUUGGUUCUCGCGUCCAUCGACACAAACGCGACUCGCCUCGUCGAGGGCGGCAGCAACGCGAUUGUCGCAGCUGUAGCGCACAAGCACGGCCAGGACGCUGGCGAAAACGCACGUAUGGCCACGGGCACCGCGCGGAACGUCGUGCUAGUGUAUGUCGAUGUAGCUGGGAUGGGUCGACGCGCUAUCGUAAAGCGCGUGGUGAAGAAGUCCGUGAAGAGUGUGGCGCAGAAGCAUAUGAAGGUCAACCGGCCGGCUAAUGCGGACUCCGGUAAGAAUUAA